AUGAAUGCGUUCAGGUACCUGGUUUUCCUGUGUGUCACAGAUCUGAUCGCAGCCCCAGUACUCUCAUCCAGUAUUACCACGGGUCUGCUGACUGCACCAAUGUCUCCAUCCAACAUCACCACGGCUAACUUGACCCAGGCAGAUCUCCUACAGGGCGCUGUGUUUGGAAAUGCCACAAAAGGGCCCGACAACAAUGGCGAGAAUGAGGAGGGUAUGUCGGCAGCCAAUGACAAUUCACAGAAACUGUUUAAGACUAUAGAGUCUCAUAUUACAGGUAGCAAGUCUAUCAUCCUAUUGCAAGAAGCGGAAAUGCAACGGCGAAAAUCUCACAUUGAGAACGUUUGUUCUUCUAAAAAAGCCCUCAUUCAUGUCCAUACAGAUUCAAGAAGCAAAUUGCUUAUUAACAGACGAAGAAAGAUUUCUAUGUGUUACGUGGCUAAGGCAGGUUGCACCUUCUGGAAACGGAUAUUCCUUAAACUGCAGGAAAAUCAACCCGAAAGGCCUGAUCAGUUUUGGUUCAGUGUUCAUAAGAAAUUUGUUCACAAUAGUGUCAUCGACAACCUGCAAGCGAUGACAUUUGACCAGUCUUUUCAAUUUUUGAAGUCUUCGAAGAAAAUACUUUUUGUUCGCAACCCCUUUUCUCGCCUAUUUUCGGCCUACUUGGACAAGUUUGUCCUGUCCGACGGUUGGAAUCCAAUCGGUACAAUACUCAUCCGAAAACUAAGACCAAAUCCUGGGCCUGUGUCGCUCAAAUGUGGUCACGACAUCACAUUUAAUGAGUUUUUGAAAUUUGUUUGGACUUUCCGUAACAGUUCCUCGGAAGGUUUUGCUGAGCACUGGCUUCCGGCUUCGAAACUCUGCAAUCCGUGUUCGAUUGACUUUGAUUAUGUCGGGAAGCAAGAAACCUUUGGGGCAGAUCUGGAUUUCGUAUUAACACAGCUAAAGCUUCGGGACGAACUUUCGGUCAAUGUCACCAAAGACUCUGUGGCAUUGACAUCCAUGGCCCAGUCGACGAGUCUCAUGUGGACCAAUUUGCUCAAUUCAGACAUACAGUGUCAAACCGCAGUUGAUAAACUGUCCAGAUUGUGGAACGCUUUUGUAGCCCAAGGCUUUUUGCCUUCUGGAGUUAUUUUGCCUUGGCGUAACCACAAAACAGUUAGCAUGUCCGAGUUUCUUAGUUUUGUUCAGCGUACCUACAAGAAACAGAACCUGACAGAGAAAACAUUCAUACACAGACGACGGGAUGCUCUCCUGGCCGCUUACAACUCUAUCCCGGCACAAACGCUAGACAACAUUAGAUACAUGUUCUCAAUGGACUUCGCUUUAUUCGAUUACAGCAUCUGGCCUUAA